ACUACACUUGUACUUUUCUAUCCCAAUGGACUCAAGUGCCUCUCCACUUUCCGCUUCCCCUGCUGCAAAGCGAGAUGAUCAGAGAGACCAUGGGGAUUCAUUUCUUCAGAAACAAUCCUAUGUGCCCAGAAAUUACAUUUGGCCAAAAGGGGACUUGGUGGAAGCUCAUGAAGAGCUUCGGGAGCCAAUUGUGGAUCUUGAUGGUUUCUUUAGGGGUGACUGGUUGGCAACAAAGCAUGCUGCAAUGCGCAUUAGGGCAGCCUGCAUGAGCCAUGGUUUCUUCCAAGUAACGAGCCAUGGGGUCGAUCCUCGUCUCAUAAAGCUUGCGCACGAUCAUAUGGACCUUUUUUUUAAGCUUCCAAUCAGCAUUAAACAUAGGGCUCGGAAGAUGCCUGGCAAAAUGUGGGGCUAUUCUGGUGCUCAUGUGGACCGUUUUUCGUCAAAAUUACCAUGGAAGGAGACAUUAUCCUUCAGUUUCCAUGAGAACGAUUCUGACCAAGUUGUGGAAGAUUUCUUCAAAUCCACCCUAGGAAUGGAUUUUGAGCAGACAGGAAUUGUAUACCAAAAGUAUUGUGAAGCAAUGAAGGACGUAUCACUUGCAAUCAUGGAACUACUAGCAAUCAGCUUGGGAGUCCAUCGAUUGCAUUACAAAGAGUUUUUCCAAGAUGGUUGCUCUAUAAUGCGAUGCAACAACUACCCACCUUGCCCAGAGCCAGGCCUCGCCAUUGGCACGGGACCCCAUUGCGAUCCCACAUCGCUAACAAUACUCCACCAGGACCAAGUUGGAGGUCUUGAAGUAUUUGCAAACAACAAAUGGCAGACUGUUCGACCUUGUCAUGAUGCACUAGUCGUUAACAUCGGUGAUACUUUCAUGGCAUUAUCCAAUGGAAGAUACAAGAGUUGCCUGCAUAGAGCAGUGGUUAACCGGUACAAGGAGAGGAGAUCGUUGGCAUUCUUUCUGUGCCCAAGAGAAGACAAGGUGGUGAGACCCCCAGAGGAUCUUGUAUGUGGCGAUGGGACAAGAGCUUACCCGGAUUUCACAUGGUCAGAAUUGCUCGAAUUCACUCAAAAGCACUACAGAGCCGACGACGCUACCCUACAAAACUUCACCAAAUGGCUCCUAUCUACCAAAACACUUGUUUAAAUAUAUAUUAUUAGCCCUCUCAUUAAUUAUAUGUCUUCUUUAAUCUUUAUAUAGCUAGGGAUAUAUCCAGUACUACUUAAUCGACCUACAAUAAGAAAAAGGGUAAUGACUAAUGAUUAUGAUCUGGUCGAUCGAUCUACUGUAAACAAGUUGUUGCUCCACUACUGUUUAUUUGGGUUUAUGAGAGGAUAAAUUAAUACAUAUA